CGCAACUAAAUAUUUUUAACUUACCUGAAUUACUAGAACAGAUCUUAUAUUUUUUAGAAAUUGAUCGAUCCCUCUAUCUCGCUUUGUUUAUUAAUCAGCUUUGGUACAAGUGUGGUAUACCACUACUAUGGGGGAGAGUUGAGUUAAAAGGUAAUGAUAUUCAUUACGGACAUUAUUUCCCAGUUGAAUAUAAUUAUUGUGAACGAUAUCGAACGUGGUUAGAAAGUUUCAUAAAGCUGAUAUGUGAGAAGAAAAAACCUGUCCAUGCCUCAAACCUGAAAAGCUUAAAAAUUUCAUAUUAUCAUUCGAUUACACAUAAAAUAAUUAGAUCCGUUGUAAAUUACUGCCCGAAUGUAAUUCAUUUAGAUUUUAAAAGUAGUGUGGGCAUUAGUGAUAAGACAUUAAUUAAAAUAGCUUCAUCAUAUCCAAAUUUAAAACAUCUUAAUUUAUGGGAUAAUCGAAUGAUAACUGAUGAAGGACUAUAUCAAAUUGCACAAUCAUGCAAUAAAUUGGAUUAUCUAAAUAUUUCUUAUUGUAAUGGUAUUACUGACAAAUCAUUAAUAAAAAUUACAAAGUCGUACCAUAAUUUGAGAGAAUUUUAUUUUAAUGAAGCGUAUUGGAUUACUGAUAGAACUAUAAGUUGUAUUUUAAACUCAUGCUCUAAUUUACGAUGCUUAGGUAUAUGGGUUAGUCGAGGAAAAAUCAAAGAUGCUAGUAUAUUACUACAAAUGCACCUCAAAUUAGAGUAUCUUGAUUUCGCCCAUGUUAUGGCUUUUCGAAAUAAUUCUCUUAUUGUAGCUAUUAUCGGAUCUUCUCCAAAUUUAAAAUAUUUUGAUAUUUCUGGUAAUGAUAUCGGAGAUGAGGUUGUUGAAGCAGUAGCUAGUACAUGCUAUGAAUUGGAAUAUCUUGAUCUUGGAGGGUGUGAAUUCAUUACCGAACCAUCG